AUGCAGCACCUCAACUCAUCCAACAGCUCGCUCACUGCUACUGUCUCAACUGUGAACCUGAUUACCAGUAGUAUGCUGGCAGUUUGCUUCAUACUGGGAGUCACUGGUAAUAUUGCUGUAAUGGUGCGUCUGUCUGGAUGGCUGAAGAGAGGCAGUUUCACCCCGAGACUGAUGCUAAGCCUGGCCAUAUCAGAUCUGUUCACUCUGAUUUCUCUGCCCGUUUGGAUUUGGGCUGUUCUGCAUGAAUGGGUGUUUGACUUGGUCGUGUGUAAUCUUCUCUCUUACAUGAUCUACUUAAGCUUCUACUGCAGCGUACUGUGUAUGAUUUUGAUGAGCAUGCAGCGAUACAUCCAAGUGCUGCAUCCUGAGAAAUGGAAGAAGCUUGGCAGAAAAGGAAAGAAGAUCCUUUUGAGUGGGAUGUGGAUGUUAAGUGCAGUUUUAUCAUGCUAUGCUCUCAUACUAAGCAAUAUAAGCUUGGACAGAGGAGGACGACUUCAGUGCACGCUAAGAUAUCGGAAUAAGGCUGAAAGAGUGCUUACAUUAUUCUGGGAGAUUAUAAUAUUUGUCGCUUCAUUCACCAUCGUAUCUUAUUUCUACUUUCAACUUUACAGAGGAGUUAACAACUCAGCUUUCUUUAGCAGUAACUCAUUGACCAAGCUAGUGACCAGAAUUGUGGUGUGUUUCUUCAUUUUGUGGAUCCCGAAUCAAAUCUCCGACAUUGUGAUCAUCUUUGCUGCAUUGACUGGGAAUGACGGUCUGUUAAUAUCUGUAGUAUCUGUAGAGAAUGUUACUACAUCUCUGGUUUUUAUUAACAGUUGUUUGAACCCCUUCCUGUACGCUUUCUCUGCUCGGGCUUUACAACCGGGAACAGCUGGAACAGAUGAUCAUUAGUUUCUUGAAGAUAUAGAUGUUUGAGUGAGCUGAUGCACGUCUCUGAAAGCCAUCGUUUUGCUUAUUCCUGCAGACUAUUUUGAUAGUUUUUUUCUGCAUCUUCUAAUUUUUUUUUUUAUUACACCUAACAUAUUUUGCAGAUGAAUUUAAUAUAUACUGUAUGACUUUUUAAAUGUCUACCUGAUACAUUUGUGUGCUCCUAAAGCAUAAUGGCUUGAAACAAAGCGUAAGUCUUACAUUAGAAAGUGAUAAAUGUUACUUAAUCCAAAAUGUGUUCAUCAAUAUUAGCAACAUUCAUUAUAAGUAUAGUUUUGUCAGUGGUGUAGUCUGGGCCAUACGUACGUAUACGGAGUAUGCUUACUUUUUCCACGAAAGCUGUUUGCGUAUAACGACUUCUAUGGCUUAAUAUUAGCGUAUACCCGCGGUAUAACCACCUGUUUUGCUGCUUAAAACGUCCAUAAUUUACCCUCGUCUUUUCUUCCCCUUUAACUGCAUCGCAUUUUUUAAGUCGCAAAACUUCGUUGUAAUUGGUUCAUUUUUAAUUGAAUUCCGCCCCCUUUCCCCGCCCCCGACAGCUGUCAUGUACCAACUUCACCGAGCGUUUACAGGAAGGACAGUUUACUUCAGUCACAGAAGCUGGUGUCAUGCUGAAGCACACUUAAUUAAAGUUGGCCACUUAUUCACAAAUACGUGUUUCCCGAGUCAAUAACUCCUGAGCUAAACGCGGGUACUACACAAAUAACACCUCUUUUCUAUCGUAGUACUGUAGAGAGACAGCUACAACCCAAUUUUCCUCAAAAUAAACUUUCCUCCGUGGUGAACUGAGAAACAGAUUCCAAGGGACCGUCUGCAAAGUGCAAAACCUGCAAAGCGAAUACUAAAAAACAGUCAAUAACUUCACUGUAAUACACUGUACUGUCACCAAAUUCAGCUCACACAUCACUGAUAGUUAUACGACAACAAUUGCUUGGGAGAAAAGUCUUUUUGUAUCAAUUUAUAUGAUUUUUCAUAAUAAAAAAAAAAAACAAUAACUUCACUGUAUUACACUAUACUGUCACCAAAUUCAGCUCACACAUCAGUGAUGUCCUGAUAGUUAUACUACAACACUUAUUUUGGGGAAAUGUCUUUUUGUAUAAUGUUUAAUGAUUUUUUAUAUGAAAAUAAUUCCAUAACUUCACUAUUAUGGAAAUUAUAUUCAAUACCUUCACUGUAAUACACUGUACUGUCACCAAGUUCAGCUCUCACAUCACUGAUGGCUGAUAGUUAUACUACAACACUUAUUUUGAGAAUCCUUGCUUUUUGAUUAUUUUUAUUGUUUGCAUUAUAAACAAUAUACAACAAUAUACAUUUCACUGUGAUGUAAACUUCAAUGUGUAAAUCAGCUUUUGUCAAACAUAUGUAAUUCUGUUGCUUAUAUAAGAGCUAUUACAGAUAUUGUUAUACUCUAUGGUCUCUGUACUUGCUUUAGCUCAAUGCACAAUACCAAGGGAUAUAUCCGCUCGGUAUUUGUGCUUCUGUCAUCCCAAGGCAUUUUAAGUGGAACCAUUUUGUGCAGGUUCCACACUGAAUCUAUAAGGGGGAAAUAUGUAAAUUAUAUCUAUAAAAUAUUUGCUUUAGGAAUCCUGUAAUGCAUAAACAAAUUUAAAUAUUUAAUUACUUUCAAUUUAUCCAUACACUCCUGAAAAAAGUCUUGUCGCCUAUCCAAGUUGUAGGAAGAACAGAUAAUAACUUGACUUCUAGUUGAUCAUUUGGAAUCAGAAGUGGCUUAUAUGAAAGGCAAAGGCCUCUAGAUUAAGCUUCAAUAGAUGUUUCAUCAAAAAAAAUCAACCUUAUGCUUUUCCACAGUCCAUGUUACAAUAGACAGAAAAAAGUUUGGAACAUACUGUAACUGAACAAACUAUGCAUAAUUGAAUGAUAAAUAGUUUUUAUAUAAGUGUAUGAGUGCAUUAUGGUAGAGCAUUAUGUUAGCAUCGCAAAGGUUGUGGGUUCGAUUCCCAGG